CUUUCUAGUCCAAACUUAUCGAAUAACAGAGAUGGAGGGUCUCGCGUCCGUGCAUGAUCUCCAGGCGCUGUCCGCUCUGCUCUCCCCAAACAAUGAAGAUGAGGAAGAAGAUCUCCAGCAAGUGAAGCCCUUGGCGAGGAUGGGCCCGGGACAUAUCGGCUCUCCUGCUGCACCUUCGGGAAAAAACAACAAAGAGGGUAGCACUGCCUAUGUGAAGAAGUACAGCAAAAACAUCUGGGAUGAGGAUGAAGUGACAGAGGGAGCACAUUUUGAUGACCUCACCGACCCAAGGCCACAGCCAGAGUAA